AUCACAAUUAUUAUUAUUAUUUUUAUGUUUUCACUCUGUCUGUUUGUCUGUUUGUCAGCUGGUCUGCACAAAAAGCGCUGAACCGAUUUGCAUUUUCUCAAAUUUGGUGGGGCAGAACCCAUUAAAUUCUGGGGCAGAUCCGGAUCACUUACUAUGAAUUCGAUUUUUUUUUCUCCGCAGUCUGGUGCGUGUUGUUUGACACUGGCCUUGGCAGAGGCCUGCACUUUACUAUCAGCCAUUUUAAUCAGGCUGCAAUGUUUCACGUUUUUACCGGCUGCAGCAGCUCCUGAGUAACACUGACGGGUUUUUGGUAUGGAGUCUGGAGUGUGCCACCACAAUUAUUAUUUUCAACAAUGAGCAAUUAAUGAACUGAUGCAUUUAUAAAGCACAAAUUAAUAAAUUGUUCUUUUAAAUUAUGUAUUAAAAAUAACAAAAGAGUCCAUCAGAGCUCAUGCAGAAACUCUGUGGCUUGGUUAAUGCAACCUUUACAUGUAACUUUAAUUAAACAAUUUAAAAUUGUUUCUUUAAGCAUAUCAAUUUUUUUAUGGAUCAUAAACAAACACAGAAAAUUGCUAUAAUUAGUGUGGAGGCACACUCUAGACUCCAUACUUGGACUGUUUUAUUCUUCUUUUGUUUUUGUGCGUGUUUUAUCUAGUUUUAUUUAUUUCUAUUUCAUUUUUCAUUUAUUUCAGUGUUUUUCAACCUAGAGUCAAGGCCUCCCCAUGUGUCAAGAUAAAUCUUAAGAGGUACAGGAUUGUUGAAGGGAUGAGAAAUAUACAUACACAAAAUAAUAUCUUUUUUUUUUUUUUUACAACUUUAAUCAAAUAUUUGCAGUAAUUUCCAGAUCUUUAGGCCAGAAAACACUCCUCAGAUGUAACAACCUGAGAAGGUAAAGUCACUCUUUGGUUGAAUUGCUCAUAACUAAUAACUGUCCAUAACCUGUAAUGUUGUCACAGGUAAAAAUGUCUUCAUUUUAUGGGGCCAAAAGUCAAAAACACUGGGAACUGUUGUUUUAUCUGCCCACAGUUCAGAACCUCCAUUAGAAAUCUGCCCACAUUUAACCUACAGUAAGUCCUGGUUUGCCGUUCAUGAUGACGUCAUUGCUCUGCAUCUCUGGUGGGAAACUGAGUCGUCUCAACUGUGUUUUUAUUUGUUAUGAGUUUUUAUAUCAACACAACAACAUUAAUUAAGUGUGAUGAUGGUUGAAAUGACGCCAACAGCGUCUUAAAUGUUGCAUUUUCCCAUAGAGGAGCUGGUCGGUGAAACCGAGGGAGAAAAUGUGUGUUUAUUGUUUCCAGUUUGGUGGAAGCAGCUCGUGUCUGUGCAGGUCUGAGGCUGAUAAGACAGAGACUGGAGGAUUAUGGUAAUAAUAGGCUGCCACUGACUGACUGCUGGGUCCCAUCACUACAGAAUGGGUGGGUGGGCUGCGGACGCUUAUCACUGUGUUGCAGUGGGCGAUUCUUCACACAGUCACAUGAUGGGCGACACCUUGAUUCACACUGCAGCCGGACAAAGAACAGCUCAGCGGUUUUAUCACCAAACGAAGACGAAAUGACGAACCGAUGGCGCAUGUUGAUUGUUUUAAAAGCACGAAUGAUCCUGUCAGUCGUCUGAAAGCGAAACGCUCUGACCAGCAGAUAUUAUCAGUAAUAAUCGGUAAUGAGCUUUUACCUUCAUGCUUAUUGUCAUUUUCAAGAGGUAGUGCUGCAUUUUACAAAUGCUCAUAAAACUCUUUCAGUGGCUGUAGUUCAGCAAUCCAGGGCACAAAAACUAAAUCUAACCAGUGUCAUCCAAAGAAAAGGAUUAAAACAAUCAUUUUCAGGUAAACGGCUGCUUUCAUGUGGUCGAAAGCGACAAAGAAAACCAUUUCUGCGGUGUUGUGAGAGUGUCGUACUCCGCCAUCAACUCAUCAGAUAAGAACGCUGCUCUGCGGCUCCUUCAGCAAGAGCCGGUGACCUUCAGGUUAGAAACAAAAACCUGUUUCCUGAACCAGACUCCGGUCAGUUUUGUUUGUAUGAAGGUUUCUUCCAUUCACAAUGAAAUUGCAGGGUGAAAAAAAAAAAGAAAGAAAGAAAGAACGCAUGGUGCAUCUUUUCCAGGAUGCAGAAUGGGACGAAACUGUAUGUACAGUUGCCAAGGAGACGGCAGGCAGAGGGGUAGUUAGAGGCUGUUAACCCACACACCCUGUGUUUUCAUUCACACCGCUUCUUCUCUGCUCCGUCCUCAGCAAUCACUUCAAGAGACGCUGCCGAAGACACAACGCAGCCCGCUGGAGCCUGUGUUGAGGAAUUAUCUGCUGUCAGGACCCGCCCGGGACGCCACAGCGCCAACAGGGACCGGAGCUGGACAGGGGGGGCUGAGCCAUGCUGUCUACCGCCGUUCAGAUCCUGGCGUUCGCUCUGGCGCUCCUGGGCGUCCUCGGUGCCACUGUAGCCACUCUGCUGCCCAACUGGAAGGUGAGCAUCAACGUCUGGUCCAACAUCAUGACCCCCAUCUCGCAGAUGCAGGGUCUGUGGAUGGACUGCGUCUGGUACACCUCCGGCGUCUUCAGCUGCACCAUGAAGAACUCGGUGCUGUCGCUGCCGGCUUAUCUGCAGACCACACGGGCCGCUAUGGUUCUGUCCUGCAUGGUGGCAGCGUUUGGACUAUGCCUCGCCUCGCUGGGGCUCAAAUGUACCCGCUGGGGGGGCAGCCACCGAGCGAAGGGGCAUACAGCCAUCGCUGCAGGGGGCUGCUUCAUCCUGGCCAGCUUCCUCUGCCUGGUCCCCGCGUCCUGGUUCACCAAUGAAGUCAUCACCACCUUCCUGACCACGGACCUGCCGGACAGCAGUAAAUAUCAGCCUGGAGGAGCUCUAUGUGUCACGUUUAUCUCGGCCGGCUUCCUCCUGGCUGGAGGGGUCAUUUUUUGUUUGUCAUGUCCCGGAAAAAGAACGAGACGACCGGACUACACUUCCUCCAGCAACCCUGACAGACCUGCGCUGUACCACGACGGGCAGCGGGGACGGGAGCCGCGGACGGAGCGAGAACAGCCAAAAAAAAGACAAAACAAAACUGUCCAGCUGCAGAUGAAAUGCAAAGUGAAGCAGAAGAAAGCUCUGCAGGAGAAACCUGAAAAGGACCAGGAGCAGAGGCUCUACUCGUCUCCUUCCAAACUCCCUCCAAAAGACAUCAAGGACAGCUACAGCCUCCAGGAAUAUGUUUAAUCCUCAUGGCCGAGCGGUGAAAUGUGGAGUUUUCAGCUGAGAUUUUCUGGCUCAUGGGAAGGGGGGAGGUCGGCUGGGGGAGGUGUGUUUGAGGGGGAAUAAUUACCAAAUGUUGGGAGCGACAGAUUGUGGAUUCAGCCGAAUGUCUCAAAAAUGGAAAGACGAAAAGCAAAGAACAUGGAAAAAAAAAAAAAAAAAGGUGCACAGGCACCAAACACUGUAAAUCCUUUAAAAACUGCCUGCAAAACUGCGGCAGCUUUCCCAUACCAAAGGUCUGAAGGCAAGAACAAAAAAAAGAGCACAACCUACUGAUCAUAAAAAUAAAUAAAUAAAUAAAUAAGAAACACGGAUCCGAGCUCUGACUGAAAUUGAAAAGCCAUCAUUUUCCAGCUGUAGAUGCUGUCUGCCUUCUGAGAUGAACUCAUGCUCAUGCAGGGCCGGCCCAAAGCUUUCUGGGACCGUGAGCAAGAUCUAAACUACCAACCCCCCCCACCCCACCCACCCAACCACACAAACGUAACGGCAAGAAAAUAUGAUUACGAUUUAAAACAAUUGCUCAAUAAUGUGAAUAAAUAAAAAAUAUAGUAAAUAUUUAAGAAGCUGAACAAAAAGCAGAGGAUGUUACAACUUAUUUGUACACUUUUAUAAUUUUCUUAAAGCAAAGUUUGGUGUGCAGCCAACAAAUCUCAAAAAUAGUUUAGAGGUUCAUACAUGAAGGUGGAAACAUAUUUGUGAUAAAAUAUUAUAGACAUUAACUUGUGCUAUUAAUUCCAUUUACUGAAGAGGGACCAUGAUCAAAAACUGUGGCACCAGCGAUUCGGAAAUAUUAACACCCAGUAACUGCCAGAUGAAACUGUUAUCUAACCAACUGAACCAACCAAACAAACGGCAGCUUUAUACAUGGACAAGCUAGGAAGAAUAACAUCAGUGUAUUUGACUAGAUGGCAUCAGUUACGUUGGCGUAAUUAGAUAUUUCAGUCCCAUUGAUUGAAACUAGCUAGCGGUUAAACUUAGGAAGGACUUUACAAGCAUAGUGAUGCUGCAACCCAGUCCAAUGUUUGUUUUUAAGUUUAAUUAAUAAACUUUUAUAUUUUAAGUAAUGAGAAAUAAUUGCUUAUUCAUCACUAGCCAAAAUGUGACAAUAGAAAAUCUAAUAUACAUAUAUAAAAAUGAUGUAAAAGACAAAGCAUUAAAGCAUUAAAACCUAAAUAAUAAAAAAAGAGGUUAAUUUUAAAAAGUUCUGUAAGACCAGAGAUAUACUUGCUUUCAACUACACCUGCACACGACGGCUGCCUCACAUAUCCUGCGUCUGUCUGUGCGUUGGUUGUGCAUGCACGUUAAUGCAACACAUUUACAAGAUGCAAUAUUCACAUGAGCGAGUUAAUAGACCGAGUCCACAAUUACCCUUAAGUGUACAACGUGAGCUAGCUACGACACGCUUGUCCAAAUAAGUGGUGAUGGAUCGGUACCAUCUUAGAAGUUGACAUGGAAACCUGCAAAAGGAAACAAGCCAGAGAUCAACAGGUUCAUGCACGGCGGAAAAUGCAUCGGCGCCGUUGGGGAUGGUGCCGAUGGUGUGUUUGUCCACCAGUCAUGACUCGCCUGAGCUAGCUACGCAUUUUGCUAAUCACUUUCCACAAAAUAAAAAGUCUGGGUCGCCAGGUUUAUGCAAAUCCUGUAGGUGUAUUGGGUCUGACCUCUCUGGUGUGCCCUCUAGAGGUAUCCUCCAGUAACACACAAAGUACACAGGCAUAGGUGAACAAUUACGCUGUUACUGCAGCCAGUUGUCUACGCAAACCUGUGGUUGAAGGCAAGUAUAUCUGCAAGUAUAUGUUAGGUUCACUGCUGGUUUGUACUAAAAUAAAAUCCUAAAUAUCCUUGAGCAUAGAAUCCCAACUAGAAAUCACAUAACUCACCAUCUUACGUUUUAUCAUACACUCCCUGAUUUUGAAGUAAAUUUCCUUCUGCUACAGUUUUGUUCAGCGGAACAACAAAACCUUGAAGUGCAUCUUAAAUUAUGAUAAAAAUGAUCGGGGGAAACUAAAUGAGAGUUCUGUCGGUCGUGUCUGCCUUGGGCCGGCUCUGAAAUCAACUGUGAAUUUUGGGAAACCUUUCCGGCGUCUGUGCAUGAUGUCCGUGCUUUAGACGCCGCUUACAGCUUAUACGUAGUGAAAGCUGCUGCUGUACAGAUUGUGCCGGAAGCAAUAAAAACAUUGUUGAGCUUUUUAUAUUCACAGUGUAGUCGGAGACUAAAGGGGAAUCCUGAUCCCAAAGUGUCAGAAUGACGGCGUCCGCUCCGUCUCUUCCUGACAGUCCGUGGAGAGGCGAGAGGUGCAGAGCAGCGUGGAGAGAGGUAAUGAUGCUCUUUGCUUUCCCAUUAUCCUCUCACCAUGGUUGGAUGCACACACCCCUCCACCACCCUGUUUCCAGCGUGAGGAGAAGGACAUCAAGUCAUUUUCGGGAUGUGACUUAAAGCCUAAUGGAGACCGGAGAGUCCAUAGCAUUGUGUGCGUUUGGCGGGCGAAGUGUCCUUUGAACCUGAGGUGAGCUGUCAAUCUCACCUGCCAACGCUUGCUGGAAAUAAAGACACUGGUGAACUGAACGCCCACGCUGCCUCUCAGGAAAAGCUUCAAACCUGGAAAAAGAAAAAAAAAAAAAAUUGAUUUAUAGAAGAAAAUCAUGUCGAUUCAUCAGCACUGUGGCGACGUUUCACUGUCGAACGUGACAGUGACGUGUUAAUGUAGGGAACAGGACACAUUCAAGCACAAGCACCUAGAAAACUCAAACGAUUUGGAAAAAAAUCAAAGCACAGCUUGAAGACAAAAAAAAGCCUUAUCAGAAUAAUUUAUGUGCUUCUGUAGCUCAGUGUUGCUGUUUUUGCUGCUUAUGGACUCAAACCUUUAAAAAACAUGUUUUUGUUCUGGAAAAUGUUAACGAUAAGCAAGGUCACAGCCUUUUCUCAACCCAAAGCCUGAGCACUCGAAUGUUUUUUAAGGUGCAACAGCUUAAUUUGCCUAAUAUUCUAUUUCCUGCAUUGUUAUAUCCAAGUUACAUGAAAAGACAAAACAAAACAGGUCACAUAUCAUCAUUUAUGUCAUUUGAUAAAAAAUGGCUAUGCCUUUAUGCUGAUGUGUGAAAAUCUGAGAAUCCACAUUAAACUUAAAAACACAGAAACCAUGUGUUAUUGACCUUGACAUAAAUUUUUACUGUGUUGUUUGUUUCCUUUUAGCCUGUCUUUAUCAGCUCCUGUAAAAGAAAAGAAAAAAGAAGUAUUUUUAGCUAGAGAAGUGAAAAAUGCUGUAUUCACUACAUUCCUUCAGUUACUGGAUUCACAUAGCCAGACACACCUCCACAGAGCUGCGUCAGUGCUGAAGUGAAGUGCC